GAGCCGCCGCCCCACCGCGCCGCCCGCUGUCCCCGCUCCGCCGCCGGCACAGGGAGAAAACGAGCAGCCGGGACGGGGUGAACCAGAACCCCCGCGGAGGGUGAAUCGGUGCCCGGCCGAGGGGUGAACAACCAGCCGGGCGCGCCCCCCGCCCGCCUUCCCUCCUCCCUCCCUUCCUCCCUCCCCUCUUCCUUCCCCUCCCUCCCCGUCCCUUCCUCUCUCCGCCUGGUGCCGCCACCGCCGAGGAGGAGGAGGAGGAGGAACAUGGCGAAAGCGGAGCAGGUCCUCAGCCUCGAACCGCAGCACGAGCUCAAAUUCAAAGGUCCUUUCACAGAUGUUGUCACUACAAACCUGAAGCUCGGCAACCCCACAGACAGAAAUGUUUGCUUCAAAGUUAAGACCACAGCACCACGUAGAUACUGUGUAAGGCCCAACAGUGGAAUUAUCGAUGCAGGAACAUCAAUUAAUGUUUCUGUGAUGCUACAGCCUUUUGACUAUGACCCUAAUGAGAAAAGUAAACACAAGUUUAUGGUUCAGUCUAUGUUUGCUCCAGCUGACACUUCAGAUAUGGAAGCAGUAUGGAAAGAAGCAAAACCAGAAGAACUCAUGGAUUCGAAACUUAGGUGUGUGUUUGAGCUACCAGCAGAAAAUGAUAAGCCUCAUGACAUAGAAAUAAAUAAAAUUGUAUCCACAACUGCAACAAAGACAGAUUCCUCUGUAAUGUCUAAAUCAAUAAGUUCUUCUUUGGAUGACACUGAAGUUAAGAAAGUAAUGGAAGACUAUAAGAGGCUUCAAGUAGAAGUUCAGAGGUUACGGGAGGAGAAUAAACAGUUUAAGGAAGAAGAUGGACUGCGGAUGAGGAAGGUACCCCAACCAAACAACCCAAUCUCUCCUUCUGCAGCUGCUGUCAAGGAUGAAGGGCUCAGCUCCAGACUACUUGCUUUGGUGGUUUUGUUCUUUGUCUUUGGUGUAAUUAUAGGAAAAAUAGCCUUGUAGAGGCAGCAUGCUGGAAAUUGUAAAUUGGUUUGAUGGUUCUGCCAUAUCAUUGGAUUAAAUUUAUUCAUAACAAUGUUUAAAAAAAAAAAAAUUAAUGUAUGACAUCUCACAGGUCUUGCCUUUAAAUUACCCCUGCACAAAUACUAUGUAACAUAAUCUAGAAAGUUUAAAAUGUACGAUGAGCGAAUGAAUGAAAGAGAAUACGCUUCAGUGAUGAGGGGGGGGAGAAAAUCCUGAUUUAACACUACAAUGGAAUAUUGUAUAUGUCAUUUUAAACAUUCUUAGACCCUGGUACAUGUUGCUGGAUUACCUCUUUUUAAAAAAAAAAAAAAAAAAAAAAAGGAAAACUAGAAAAAAAAAAAAACAAACAACCUCUUCCUCCACUGCUGGAGCUGGCCCUCGGGAUGUUUGGAGCUGGGUUAGGCAGGAGGUGUUGAUAACUUCUGUAAAAUACGUUAAUCCACCAUUCUGCUCAUAAAUUUAACAGUUUUCUGUCAGUGUCUUCAGCUCUGUGCAAGUUACCAAUUCCUUUGGCACUUACUGAGUAGUGAGAAGCUGCAAAGAGUCGUGUGUGGCCACGCUGAGUGUGCUGGGCAGCACCGAGGGGCUCGUGCUGACGGUGGGACGCGCUUGGGAUAAGGGGGCGAUGCCUUGCUCUCACCAAGGGACCAAGCUACACUGCUGUUGGUUCAUUUAGUUGAAUUAAAAAUGUUAUUCAGAGAUGUUUAAUGCA